ACAGCGCUGACGUCAUGGCCUGUGCUAGGAGGGAAGAGGAUUCUGUGCACGGGACGGCAGCAAGUGGGACUGAAUUAGCAACACAGAGAGGAAUAAAAAUCCAACUAUCAUAAUGAGUGUCAACAGUGAGAGGUUCGCUGUGUUUCUGCUCGGUGUCUUUGCUGUGUCCUCAGGCCUGUUUGCCUUCUCCUCCGCCACCCAAGUGGGUCUGAGCAACAAAGUCCUGGUCUUCCCUUAUGAGACGGACUUCAGCUUUGUGACUCUGAUCCCGCAGAAGGAGAUGGAGCUGCGGGCCUUCACCCUCUGCAUGCGGGUGGCCACCGAACUGCAGGGCGAGCGGCAGAUCAUCCUGUUUGCCUACCGCACUGCCGACUACGACGAGCUCAACGUGUGGCGUGAGAAGGACGGACGCAUCUCCUUCUACCUCAGUGGAGACGGCGUCUUCUUCCACCUGCCCCCCAUCACCACCUUCCGCACCAGCCUCUGCCUCACCUGGGAGUCUCGGACCGGCCUCGCUGCCUUCUGGGUGGAUGGGAAGCGCAGCACCUACCAGGUCUACAAGCCCGGGCACACCAUCCGUCCCAAAGGCACCGUCCUCUUGGGGCAGGACCCUGACAAGCACCUGGGGGACCUGGAGGUCAUGCAGAGUUUUGUGGGGGAGAUGACGGAUCUCAACAUGUGGGACUCUGUGCUGUCCAGGAGCCUGAUCCAGGCCUGGCACUACGGGCACAGGGUCCCCAAGGGCAACAUCUUCGACUGGGGCAACAUUGAGUACGAGCUGAACGGGAACGUUAUGGUGGUGGAUGAUGACUGACUCGAUGUGGAGUCCCAUGCAGAGAGGGAGGAGGGUUUAGAGGUUUGUGUUGGACUGAUACUGAUAUCUUUAUUUGACAUUUACUCUUGAGUUUUAUGUUCCUGUUAGGACUAGACAUGGGACUAAGUGGAAAUUCAAAAUCAUGAUUAUCGUGACCAAAUUUAUCAUGGUUUUAGGUAUUAUCACGGAAUUGUUAAAAUGUGCUCCAAAUGUUAAAUAAUUACUAACAUACAUUGAAAUAAUUUCACCAUAUUCUGUACUGAAAAUCAGCUUAAAUUAUCAGCUCUAUAAACUGUCUGCAUUAAAAUUAUAACAUAACCAAAGCCAUAUGUUGACAUUUAACAUACACAACACAGGAAUACCAGAUGCAUUGUGGAUGAUUAAUGCCAUGGCCAUGAGGUUUGACCCUCGUGCACAUAGCAGAAGGGACAAAGUAGCAAAGUAUUUUUCAAAAUACUAAAUGCAGAUUUAUAUGAACACAACCACAUAAAACUGAUCAAAUGUCCAUUGUGCAUAUAAAAGCAACACAACAGUCGUAUUUAAGCAGAUUUGACUGGUUGAUGCUGACUUUUUUGAUGGUUGACAGUAGGUACCACAAAAAUCAUGACUUUUUGAAAACAGUAUCAUGACAAUUAAAAUUUGAAACAGUGUACCUAACCAUUCCAUAUUCCUAGUUAGGACAUUUUUCCUUGAGAAUCAAAAAACGUUUUUUUUUUAACCUUUCUUGAAUCUUGAAUAUUGAAUCUUGAUUUCUACCUGAUGACGAGGUAUGUUGUUUUCCUGCUGUGUGAAGGAUUUUUUGAUUGGGUGAAGAAUAGAAAUCAGAUUUUCUUUGGGUCCUCUUGCAUCUAAGCUGUAUAUCCUUCCUAUAUUAAAUUUAAAUCUACUUAAAGUAGUAAAAUAUACUCACUGAGGGCCAGUAGUUUGUGUUGCACAUUGUGUGAAACUGAACACAGUUUUGCUUUUCUUCAGUCCGUCCUUACUCAUUACCAAAAUGUUAUGCUAGAAGGUAAAAAAAAAUAAGCAUUCUCAAUAUUUUAUCUGAUCUUUACACUUUUGCUGAAGCCACAUUGAGCUGAUUCCACCGAGUGUUAUGAACGCACAAACUGGCUGUGCUCAGGUGUAAAAUGUUGACUUUCCAGAUGCAUCCAUAGGGUGGCAGUCUACACUAGUCGACUUCAUAUCAAAAGGGCUGUUAAACAAAGCAGCGUUUAUAGGUACAUUUAUCCAGCAGUAUGAUUUAUAAUGAUUAUGCCUGGGAAUUGAGGUCAGUGACAUGUUGAAGCAGAGCUGUUUAACUGUUAAACUCUAAACUCAUUUACAGCUUUUCUAUAUGCAAAGGAACUGAUAUUGUAAGGAUAGUGUAGGUAGAAAGGUCAAUUAAGACAAUUUACACUGAAGAACAAAUAAAAAUGAUGCUUAAAUGCCAUUAAUGGAAAGUCACAACAGGCUUGAAAUGCAAGAGAAUACAUUAUUAUACAUCAGUUUACAAUUUAAUUAGCUUAGCAAAAUAUGUAGUAAUUGUGUUUGGUACAGGUUCAAUAAACUAAAUAUCUCCAAAAAUUCAUCGUCAGCUAAUUCUUUGUAAUAAUUCAGUCAUUUAAUUUUGUAACAAGCCUUGGCAUAUUUCAAAAGCUUGCUGUGAAGCAUUGGAAACAUGCACAAGUGUGUUUCUGGCAGGCUGUUGGUCCAGGGAGAUUGUGAAUGAGAAAUUAAAACAGAAAAAUGAGUGACUCAUUAUGUCUACACUCAGUGAUUUAACUGUCCUGAGAGACAAAUAGCAAUUACCAUGUUUAAAAGCCAUUGCCAUAAUGUUGCCUUUGGUUAGCAUACUCACUCAUGAAUUUUCCAUGUUUCAACUGAUGUAAGAACGCUUUGGGGUCUGAAAUAAAAUCUUGCCAUGUGCAUAA